CGCGGCCAGGAGGGGCGCAGGAGAAGAGCGUCCGGGGUCGCUCACCCGCACCCCACGGGUUGGUGUGGACGUGGAGCCUUGCGCCUGACGACUUCGCUCCUGCGCGGGGCCGGCGAGCGCAGCGGGCGGGUUCCCACCGCGCCCCCUCCCCGGCUGCGCGCCGUGCUCCCCGAGGGCCGGGGUCGCCGCCAGGACCCGCGCUUGCCGGGGCGCGCUCCCUCGGCCCACCGUGUCCCCGGCCGGCGGUGCUGCUCGGCCCUGCAGCCCCCUGAGAGCGCCGCGCCGCGCCGGGGACCCCGCCUGCGCCUGAGCCGCGACAGCGCCAUCUAGGGGUCUGCACGUGGAAGGAGGGGCUGCCAUGUCCUCACGUGGUAGAAGAGCAAAGGACCCAGGCCGAUUCUGUGGAACGCUCUGAAUCUGUGAUCCAUGCGGAAAGGCGAACCCUGAAUCAGCCUCUCAUCUGUCUGUCGACUGACUGCCUGCGUCCCUUUCUGGGCCUCUCGCUGUGGUACCUCUUAGCAGGGGGCGCAGAAUGAAAGAGGGCAUGUCCAAUAACAGUACCACUAGCAUCUCCCAGGCCCGGAAGGCCGUGGAGCAGCUGAAGAUGGAGGCCUGCAUGGACCGCGUGAAGGUGUCCCAGGCUGCGGCAGACCUCCUGGCAUAUUGUGAAGCCCAUGUGCGGGAGGACCCCCUCAUCAUCCCAGUGCCCGCGUCAGAGAACCCCUUCCGGGAGAAGAAGUUCUUCUGUACCAUCCUCUGAGGCCUUUGGUGAUGGGCCAUCUCCUUUGUAGAAACCCUCCAUAAAGACAGUGCAUGCUCUUAGACUAGGGAGCCACCAUGGCUGGGCUCAAUUCAUUUUUUUCUCAUUAUAUUUGUCACACUAUUAAAAUUUUUUUUACUUUUAUGUUAUUUUCAUUCAUAGCAAAGAAAAUAGACAUUUUUAUAGCCAAAUAACAAAUGUGACAAAUGUGCCAUAAAAAAUAAGUAUGGAUUUAAGGGUUUACCGUUUUUAAACAUCAGUGCUCAAGGUUAAAUAUAUCAAGUUAAUCAGUGUCAGUGAAUAAUUUACUGAAAUGAAAAUUUCCAUCUCAUUGACAGCAGUUCUGUAUCCAGUGACAUCUGGGGGACCAGCUGAAAUGUGUAGAUAGGUUCCAUCCAGCAGCUUUGGGGGUCCCCAUGUGUGACAUUCCAUCAUCCUAUGAAAAUGAGUAGCCUGCAGGAUAGGAACCUCUAGGACUCCAGAAGGGUGGCCCCUACCCUCUAGAAACAGACUACAGCGUCACAGCUCGAGGCUUGCUGCCCACUGGUCCAAGCCUCGACAUGGUAACCUGUUUAACCCUCCACAAUAAGUGCGUGAGUAUAGACCUGUUUUAGAGAGAGGAAACUGAGGCGCAGGGAUAUAAUAUACUUUGCCCAAGAUACAUAAAGUAAGUAGGAAAGCAGAGCGUCAGUGCAGGCAGUCUGACUCCAGGGUCCUUCCUGGACUUCUGAGCUGGAGUACCUUCAGGUACCUGUCUGCGGGUAGGUACACCUGCAGACAGUCUUACCUACACACUGGGGGGCAAACAUGUUCGCAGCACUGGCCCACAGCUACUCAACAGGACACUUCUCUGCCUACACCGGAGGGACUUGGUGAGUCCAUUUGCAGGCAGUCUCUAGAUCCCUAGAGAAAAGCUUGACCUAUGCAUUAGCUCUUGCAUCCCUAGACACUUGCAUUCCUGCCUAGACCAUCUCCCGCCACCCUGAUGAUGUCACAGGACAGAGAGCUCUGUGUCUAAGUUUGUUCUGUUCCAUCUGUUCAGAAACUGCCUCCCCCCACCGCACCCCACCCCCGGCUCUGCCAGAGGCUGGCUGUGUACCUCAGCCAAGCCAUUGUGUGCCUGAGCUGUUCUAACCUGGAAACCGGGGACAAUGGUAAUUACUCCCUCUGCCUCUCUGUCUGGAAGGAAAUUGAGGGAAGCUCUGAUUAUCAGUUAAAGCAAACACAUGUACUAAAUGCCAAGCUGUAAUGUAGGGAAGAAUGUGUGACUUCAAAGAUAGCAGUGCUUCAGGGUGAAGAAUGUAAACUUGCCUACGAAGAGGCAAAUAUAAUUUUCAGAUCAGUUAAUCACUUGCUGGACUGGUAGACAGUUUUACACGUCACCGUGCCCAGCUGCUUUUUCUGGAAGCAUCUUCAGUUUCAUGGGUUCUCAUUGAUGAGCUCAGUGCAGUCAGGAAGCUGUGAGCUUGGAUCACAGCAGAACUGGGCACUGCAUGGGCUGAUACAAUUUCCAGUCCUUCCAUGGUUUGGGUUGUGACCAAAGUCUCCAUAUUCAGUGGCCUACAUCACUGUUACUAAUGUGAUAAUACAAAGCACAGUCCAUGAAAGCGUAUCAGGCAUCUGUUGCAGUUUCCACAUUAGGUCAACUCAUGGGCCUGGCCUGUGAGUGAUCGGUGAGGUCCCCUGAUCAGUGAGGUCCAAGGAGGUGCCCCCACCUUGCCACACAGGUUGCCUGCAUCGAACACCAGUUAUUUUGUGUUUUCAUUUUGGUGUUUGGCAUCUACUCAUCCUGCCUCCAAGGGCAUGUUACUCUGAUAUAAUGCAUUUAGUACAAUGUGGUGCCUGCCUCCCACUGAGGAAGCUGAAACAGGAAGGUGUCCCUGUCUCUCAAACACCUGCUCUCCAGCUUGAUUCCAUAGGCAAGUGGUCAGCGUUCCGGGCAGACUACUUGGACCUCUUGCUUGGUGCUGUGAACCUGAAGCAGGAAACAGAGAAAUAAAGGAGGCUGAGAACUGUUUCAUGGAAGCCACAGUGGCCUAGUGUGGCACUGUGUGGCAGGGGAGGUAUCUGGAGCUGGUCGGCUGCAGGAAGGGUGUGUCUGCUAGUAAGAGUGUUCAGGGAUGGGAUAGCAGGGCCCUCUAAAGACCAUUCUGUCUCCACUGUGAGGCCCCAUGAACAAGCUGCCCCCUCCUAUCUUCCUAGAGCUCCCUUCUAGCUUUCUGGUACUUCUUUGGCCUCCAAGCUCCCCACCAAGUAAAUUCUUUAUUCUUUCAUGAAAUAACCUGAACUGAAUGUAAAUACCAUAUGACCUAAUGCAUCCACCCUAGGUGCCAACCCCACAGAAAUGUGUCCAUGUAUUCAUCAAAGGAAACGUGCUAGAGUGUUCAUUGCUGCACUGUUCAUGAUGACCCUAACACCCGGAAAGUACCCGAAUGCCCAUGAGGAUCAUCACAAGAGGAAUCCUAUACAGCUGUGACAACGAAUAGUCUGCAUGUCCCUCACAAUAAGGACACCCAGCGAGGUGAGGCAGUUAGGGACCCAAGUUACUCCUAAGGGGAUAGUAACCCAAGGGAAAGCCUGGUACACUUUCUAGAAUGUUCUAUUCCUUGAUCCAGUUGCCAGUCAUCCGAUGUGUUCAGAUUGUGACAAUUCUCUCAACUGUAUACUUUCAGUUUGGGUGCUCUUCUGUAUGUGGUACUUCAAUAAAAAACUGAGUUUUGUGGCUGCCAA